ACUUAAUAAUCAAAGGUUGGAUUAGCAAAAUAGAGAAAAGGAUUAUACUUUGGAAAAAGAGUGGGGAAUGUUUGGCUUUUCUAUGUUAAUAUUCCGCGAGAAAUGAAACGAGCGAAGAGAGAGAAGUAGCGUCAACGAUGCUAAACUAUUUUAUCGUUUUUGCCCCUUAAACACAACUUGAUCUCAAUUGUUUUGUGAAAUUGAUGUAUGUUCGAUGAAUUCUGGGUUUCCGCCGAUUGUUCUCUUAUUCACCAUCUUUCUUAGUUGUUUUUCAGGUAUUUUAUCAGCUGCAGAAGUCACUCUUCAGUCCAUACAAAUACACCAAACUCAUGAAUGGCUACGCCAAAGACCAACUAUAUAUUUCCACUGCAAAGGAGAGAAUAAGACUUUUCUGCCCGAUGUGAAGAAGGCCAACACUUUAUAUACUUUCAAAGGGGAAGAAUCUUGGCAGCCUUUAACAGAAUUUGUAAGUAAAAAGUGCAAGAGAUGUGGAUUAUAUGAGAAGGAUAUUCUUACCGAUGAUAGAUUUGAUGAAUGGGAGUUUUGCCCUUCCGACUUUACAGCUCCUGAUGGAACAUAUAAUCGUGCUAAAGAAGGAGAGUUUAAUGCAUCUUUUGCAUGUUCAACAUGUGUAGAUGUGGGUGCAGAUCAUGCUGCCCCUCAUUCAGAUACUAGAGGAAAUGGAAAAACUGUUGCUGUAGCGGUAGUAAUCAGUGUUUUUCUUACUACUGCUCUUAUAAUUGUGUUCAUCGGAGGCUAUAAGUAUUGGCAGAAAAGGAAGAGGCGGCAAGAGCAAGCACGUUUUCUGAAGCUCUUUGAGGAGCAAGAUGAUAUUGAGGAUGAAUUAGGUCUUAGGGAUAUUAUAUGACAGAUACUAUUAACCUGAGGUAGAGAAACCUGUAAAUGAACUUGCUUCUUAACUAGGUGUAUAGAACAAUACUAUUAUGGAUGUAUAAUCAACCACAGAAAUCCAUGUUUGCUUGAUGUGUUGGAUUUACUCUCCCAUUUCAUAUUACACAAAUUUCGGACUCUCUUUUUUUCUA